CAUGAGAUAUAUAUAGUCUUAACAUGGUCAGCAUUGUCAUGUAAUAAAAUAAAUAAAUAAAUAAAUAUCAUGUCUCAAAGAAUGUGACCCUAACUCCACAAAAUGUUAAAAUUUCCCCCCAUAAAAACCAUCGCCUCCACACUCACUCUGCGUCGCUCUUCAUUUAUCCUCCUAAACCCUCCUCAAACCUCCUCCCGCUCUUACGCCACCGUAACCGCCGCCAUGGGGGACGAUUCCGGCAUGGACGCCGUCCAGAGACGCCUCAUGUUUGACGAUGAAUGCAUAUUGCUGGAUGAGAACGACAACGUGGUUGGGCAUGAUACCAAAUACAACUGCCACUUAUGGGAGAAGAUUGAAAAAGGUAACAUGCUGCACAGAGCAUUCAGCGUAUUUCUGUUCAAUUCAAAAUACGAGUUACUCCUUCAGCAACGGUCUGCAACCAAGGUGACAUUCCCUUUGGUAUGGACCAACACCUGUUGCAGCCAUCCACUCUACCGAGAAUCCGAGCUUAUUCCUGAAAACUGUCUUGGUGUGAGAAAUGCUGCACAGAGGAAGCUGUUGGAUGAACUCGGCAUCCCUGCUGAAGACGUUCCGGUUGAUCAGUUUACUCCUUUGAGUCGCAUGCUCUACAAGGCUCCAUCUGAUGGAAAGUGGGGAGAACAUGAACUUGACUACCUACUCUUCAUUGUGCGAGACGUUGCUGUGAACCCAAACCCAGAUGAAGUGGCGGAUAUCAAGUAUGUGAACCAAGAACAGCUGAAAGAGUUGCUAAGGAAGGCAGAUGCGGGCGAGGAGGGCUUGAAGUUGUCUCCAUGGUUCAGGUUAGUGGUUGACAACUUCUUGUUCAAGUGGUGGGAUCAUGUUAAAAAGGGUACACUCCCUGAAGCAAUUGAUAUGAAAACCAUCCAUAAGUUGAUGUAAACCGCACCUGUUCAUUCAGAUCGGGGCUAAUAAUUCAGGUUUGCUAUCAAUUGUCGUUUCUUUUAAGAAGUUUAGUCUCUAUCUGAGCAUGUCGAUUGUUGUAUGUUACAUUAAGAUUUUGGGUUGUUUGAAGAGUGUAAUAACGAACCAUUGAUGGUUCGAAACUUGGAAUUUGCUUUCGACAUGUGAUUUUUAUAUAUUUUUAACUUUAAACAA